AUGGCCCAGCCGGCCCACUGCAUCCAUUCCAUCUUUGGCCUCCAGUGCUGCUUCCUCUUCCUUCUAGCUUCCUGGGAGGCAGAAACACCCACGAGACACGGAGGAGGCAACACGUCAGGCCACGAGUGGACUACAGGGCACCCAGAAACACCCACUGGCCACGGAGGAAAGACCACAUCGGGCCACAAGAGGACCACGGGGGCCCCAGAAACACCCACAGGACAUGGGGGAAGCACUGUGUCACGCCAUGAGAGGACUGCGGGGCCCCUAGAAACACCCACGGGACACGGAGGAGGCACCACAUCAGGCCACGAGUGGACUACGGGGCACCCAGAAACAUCCACAGGCCACGGAGGAAAGACCACAUCGGGCCACGAGAGGACCACGGGGCCCCUAGAAACACCCACGGGACACGGAGGAGGCAACACGUCAGGCCACGAGUGGACUAUGGGGCACCGAGAAACACCCACCGGCCACGGAGGAAAGACCACAUCGGGCCACAAGAGGACCACAGGUGCCCCAGAAACACCCACAGGACAUGGGGGAAGCACUGUGUCACGCCACGAGAGGACCGGGGGGCCCCUAGAAACACCCACGGGACACGGAGGAGGCAACACGUCAGGCCACGAGUGGACUAUGGGGCACCCAGAAACACCCACCGGCCACGGAGGAAAGACCACAUCGGGCCACAAGAGGACCACUGGGGCCCUAGAAACACCCACAGGACAUGGGGGAAGCACUGUGUCACGCCACGAGAGGACCGGGGGGCCCCUAGAAACACCCACGGGACACGGAGGAGGCAACACGUCAGGCCACGAGUGGACUAUGGGGCACCCAGAAACACCCACCGGCCACGGAGGAAAGACCACAUCGGGCCACAAGAGGACCACAGGUGCCCCAGAAACACCCACAGGACAUGGGGGAAGCACUGUGUCACGCCACGAGAGGACCGGGGGGCCCCUAGAAACACCCACGGGACACGGAGGAGGCAACACGUCAGGCCACGAGUGGACUACGGGGCACCCAGAAACAUCCACCGGCCACGGAGGAAAGACCACAUCGGGCCACAAGAGGACCACUGGGGCCCUAGAAACACCCACAGGACAUGGGCGAAGCACUGUGUCACGCCACGAGAGGACCACGGGGCCCCUAGAAACACCCACAGGACAUGGAGGAAAGACCAAAUGCACCCAUUGCAAGAACUCAGGAGCUUCAUCAGAAUCUACUAGACAUCAAGAAAAGACCACAUUGGCCACUGAGACCAUAAAAUCACCAAUUAAACACACAGAAAAUUCAACAAAAGUCACAGCAGCCACAGAGAGUAUAAAACCUCCAGUGAAGGUCACAGGAGACACAUCUAUCAGUACUACCUCUCCUUGUCCAAAUAAAACUGAGGUUUCCCGUCAUGUGUCAGUUGGUUCUUUUACAGCCACCAGGUCGACCAUGUCGGAAGCCCCUGACAAGAGCCAUACACACCAGAACAAAGAUGGCUCACAAAGAGAUUACCACACUGGAGAGAUGGGAGAGAAUGAUUCCUUCCCUGCAUGGGCCAUAGUUAUCGUGGUCCUGUUGAUUGUGAUUCUCCUCCUGGUGUUCCUUGGCCUGAUCUUCUUGGUCUCCUAUUUGGCACGAACACGCCGUGCACUGAUCCAGAACACCGAGGACAAUGACCCAGAGGAUGAUGGGGUUCCCACUUCCUAUCCAGUCCACCUGAUGGAGCAACAGACUCUCGGCAUGGCCCAGAUCUCUUCCCCACAAUGA